AUGCAUCAUGUCGAUCUGACGAAGACUACUCCACGUGAUUUGAUGGCUUCUAUACAAGCUGAAAUCAAGACAGAGUCUGGAUUCAAGCCGUAUCUUGUAAACCGGUUUGACACGCUGAAGAUUUACAUGCAACCGCAUGGUGCCAAGACACAAAACUUGAUCAUCAAUUUGGAACAUGAUGAGGAUUGGAUUUUGAAAGAAGAUGUUGCAUUGUCUGAGCAACACAUUGAAAACGAGACUGAGAUUAGCUUUUACAACCGUGAAGCCUAUAAUCAAUUCAAAUCGCACCCGGAAAUGAAGUGGUGA